AUGGCUGAUUUAGAUUCGUUAAAAACAACGCUUCAUUCAAGACAUAUCGAUUCGAGCAAUGUCAAGCCCUACACAGAUUUUCAUCUCAGGCAGAAUGGUGAUUUAGUUUUGACAACUCCGUCGCUUGAAUCUCAUCGAGUUAAUAACGAUCCAAUCCAUCGAUACGAAGAUCGUAUGUCGGCUAACCUACCAAAAGAAGUUGAUUAUCGCAUCUUGUCGUAUGAUGCUCUUGAGAAUCGCCGUUAUCAACAACUAGGAAUGAAACAACCAAUGCCGUAUCAAGUAACACGUAUUUUUCAAGAACGAUUUGGUUCGAUUGCUUCUCCCCGUGUUGAUUCGUCACGAAUAGUUCGCACUUCAACAAUACCGGGUUUUCAUUUUGUCGAUCAAAUACCGGAUUCAAAUCGAACAAUGGUCUCUCAACGGUUCAAUAAGAUAAGUCCAUUCGUCACAGAACAUGGUAAUAAACCAAACUCGAAUCCUUUGCUACGACAAUCAAUGGUCUAA